AAUAAAGUGUUUGAGAUGGCUGAAAAAGGAAAGUUACAGUGACUGACAGACACACAGAUUAGAAGCGGGUUCUGUCAUGCGUGUCCAACUCCAACUCCAACAAUCAUGGCAAAUCCUGUUCCUGCUACCUUCUCUACUCGUGCAAACGCUCUUCUCAGGAAGAAUUUAACCUUCCAGAAAAGGAACAAGAAGACCAACAUUAGGCUGACUCUAUUCCCAUUAAUCAUUUGCAUCAUACUGGUUCUCCUUCAAAAUUUAGUUGACAAUCUAUUGGAUAAACCAAAAUUCAAAUGCGGCUGCGUUUGUACAACUAACCAAACUACAUGUAGCGACUCCGAGAAGGUUUGUGGUGUCAAGUAUUCCGAUCAGACUCAAGUUUUAGCCUGUGCUAUUCCUAAUCCACCUGAAUGGCCUCCUCUCUUGCAACUUCCGGGCAGCGAGCCAUGGUAUCCUCCCGUUUAUACCAUGCUCUUCACAGCCGACGAUCACUACUUUGGACAGAUUGUGUCUGACAAUAUAUUCCCAAGUAACGUCACUAUGGAUUAUACUGAUAUCAUGGCUAGUUUGGCAUCAAAUGUGCUGGGAUCUGAAUCAACGCCUGACACCAACAAUUUUCUUGAACCUGCUUUCACUUCGGAUCUUCCCAUUUAUUAUCUACAAACUCGUUGCCCUCUGGACAACAUUGCUUUCCCAGAAAUCUACCAAGAAGGCACUCCGCAGCAGGAUAUGGAAUCAUUUACUUACGAGAUAGCAGGCUUUACUGUGGAUCAAGAAAUCAGAUGUGCUGACGGUAUAAAUUUGUGGCGUGACAGUUCUUCUGUGAUCAACAAUGAGUUAUAUGAAGGUCAUGAAGACAAUCCAAUAGUUUCAGCUUUUGAUUUUCUAAAUUCGAAUGAGAAUGGAUUCAACGUCACUGUAUGGUACAAGUCAACCAACAAGGGUGUCACUAAUUUUGGUCCAACUGCAUUGUUGCGAAUUCCUCGUUCUAUAAAUUUGAUAUCAAAUGCCUACCUGCAGUUUCUGCGUGGACUUGGUACCAAAAUGUUAUUUGAGUUUGUAAAGGAAAUGCCAAAAUCUGAGACCCCACUUAGGAUUGAGAUAGCUUCUCUCCUGGGCGUUCUGUUCUUUACAUGGGUCGUUCUGCAACUUUUUCCGGUUGUGCUGACAUCACUGAUUUAUGAGAAGCAACAAAAAUUGAGAAUCAUGAUGAAAAUGCAUGGUCUUGGUGAUGGACCAUAUUGGAUGAUUACAUAUGGUUAUUUCCUUGCCUUAUCAGUGAUCUACAUGUUGUGCUUUGUGAUAUUUGGCUCAGUCCUAGGAUUGAAAUUCUUCACCUUGAAUGACUAUAGCAUCCAAUUUGUGUUUUAUUUUAUCUAUAUAAACUUACAAAUUUCAGUGGCAAUUCUGUUGGCUUCCUUUUUUUCAAAUGUUAAGACUGCUACAGUAACCGCGUAUAUAGGUGUCUUUGGGACCGGGCUAUUAGCUGGAUUUCUUCUCCAAUUUUUUAUUCAAGAUUCAUCAUUUCCAAGAGGAUGGAUCAUUUGUAUGGAGUUGUAUCCCGGAUUUGCUUUAUAUCGUGGGUUGUAUGAGUUUGGACAGUCUGCCACCAGCGGCAGUAAUAUGGGGACUGUUGGUAUGCGGUGGCAGGAUCUGAGUGAUAGCGCCAAUGGCAUGAAAGAGGUCUUAAUUAUCAUGUUUGCUGAGUGGAUCAUAGUGCUUUUUGUUGCUUAUUACAUCGAUCAAGUAUCGUCAACAGGAAGUGGAAAAAGUACUAUUUUCUUCUUGAAAGGAUUUCUGAAAAAACCUCUUUCAUCAUGCAAGAAGCUCAGUAUUCAAAGGCAGGAGUCAAAUGUUUUAGCUCAGAUGGAGAAACCAGAUAUCGUCCAAGAGAAGGAGAAGGUGGAGCAGCUGCUACUUGAACCAACUAUUGAUCAUGCAAUUGUUUGUGACGGCCUAAAAAAGUUCUAUCGAGGACGGGAUGGAAAUCCAGGAAAAUUGGCAGUGAGAGAAUUGUUCCUAGCUGUGCCUCGAGGGGAAUGUUUCGGUAUGCUUGGUCCUAAUGGGGCCGGGAAGACUUCUUUUAUCAGUAUGAUGAUUGGUCUCACAAAGCCAACAUCGGGUGCGGCAUAUGUUCAAGGCCUGGACAUAAGAACUCACAUGGAUGGAAUAUAUACCAGCAUGGGAGUAUGCCCACAGCACAACUUGCUGUGGGAAAGUUUGACAGGUAGAGAACACCUACUUUUUUAUGGUAGACUUAAAAACCUUAAAGGUUCAGUCUUGACUCAAGCAGUAGAAGAAUCUUUGAAGAAUUUAAACCUUUUCCAUGGAGGUGUUGCUGAUAAGCAAGCAGGAAAAUACAGUGGAGGGAUGAAGAGGAGGCUUAGUGUUGCAAUUUCAUUGAUUGGGGACCCCAAAGUUGUUUAUAUGGAUGAGCCAAGCACGGGAUUAGACCCUGCUUCAAGGAAAUGCCUAUGGAAUGUUAUCAGGCUUGCGAAACAGGAUCGUGCAAUCAUUCUAACCACACAUUCUAUGGAAGAGGCAGAGGCUUUAUGUGAUCGAUUAGGAAUUUUUGUAAAUGGUAGCUUGCAGUGUGUAGGAAAUCCAAAGGAGCUGAAAGCCAGGUAUGGAGGGAUUUAUGUGUUCACAAUGACAACAUCUUCCGAUCACGAGAAGGAUGUGGAGAACAUUGUGCAACAGCUCACCCCAAAUGCCAACAAGAUAUACCAUCUCUCUGGUACUCAGAAAUUUGAGCUUCCAAAAGAGGAUGUUAAAAUAGCAAAUGUAUUUCAAGCUGUUGAAGUUGCAAAAAGAAACUUUACUGUUUUCGCAUGGGGUUUAGCUGACACCACAUUAGAAGAUGUCUUUAUUAAGGUAGCACGCGAGGCUCAUGCGUUUGAUACCUUGUCAUAA